AUGGAUGUGAAGUUUCUGGUUGUUUGCUGGCAGCAGGAAAUUGCCUCCAGCUACGAUGUAGUGGACGGACCAAACGACGAAGGCGAGAUGUUCACUCGGCCGGGUAUCCUUGUGGAUGCCUUUCCAUCGCCUUAUCCAAACGAGGAGGCUGCUCGCUAUGCGAAUGGCGGCGCAAACCCGCCAGAUCUCAGCGUGUAUACGACCGCCAAACAUGAAGGCUUGGAUUACAUUUUCGCCUUGCUAUUGGGUUACAGGGACCCUCCUGCUGGCAUUGAAGUGCGCGAUGGGCUGUACUACAAUGUGUACUUCCCCGGAGGCCUAAUCGGAAUGCCCAGCCCCCUGCACUCGGAUGGCCUGGUCGAUUUCGAGGACGGCACCCCAUGCACGAAGUCGCAAAUGGCUAAGGAUGUGCCGGCCAUGGUUUCGCAUCACCACGUGUCCCCGAAUGUUGUAACCGUGAAGGAGGUUCCGGAGGGAACACCUGACGACAUGAUCUACUCAUAUGAGCAUUUAGGCAAUUUAGGCACAGGGAAAAGACUCAAGCUACGUACCGAUGCAUAUUGCAAACAAGGAGCCGAGGAAUGA